UGCGCCCUGGGGAUUCCUGCGGGACUUUGUAUGGGGAGACAGUGGCGGUUGGUUAGUGGGGCGGCGUUAACUCCCCCACCAGGCUUUUCCCCGAGGAACUUUCUACCCCUGGACUAAGAGGGAGAGCCCGUGGCCGGGGGCGCCUCAAAUUCCUGCUAACCCUGCUUCUGAGCUUCUGUGGUCCCCCCCCAUCCCGCUCCCAGUGUUUCCCCCAAUAGUCCUGGGGCAGCACGGUCCACCCCCUCAUUUUACAGACGUGGAAACUGAGACCCACGGAGGUUGUGACUUGCCUGAGGUCACACAGCUGUUUUAAGUAGGAGACCGAAUUCGAACUCAGGGCUUCCACCUUCUUCAUCCAUCUCAUCAUUUUGUCUCUUGGACAGGAUCACAAUAUUUAGGGUUGGGCUGGGACGGUAGGGACGGUCACACAGCUCAUGUCCCAGUUCUCCCUGAAACAGAGGGUAACCUAGCUGGCUGCCAGAUCACAAGCUUCUUCUGGAGCCCCCCAGUUAUCUAGUCUGUCCUCGAAUUCCAAAUCCCCUCUUCUUACAGGCUCAUCUGUCUUUCUUUGGAGGUCCCAGUUUUUGAGGAUUCCUGAAGGGAAGGUUGGGAAGUGGAACCGAUUGAAGGAACCCCUUCCAACUCUUUCUUGCUUUUGACUGAAGCAGCCUCCAUCGGGCUUGGAUGCUUGGGGGUCCCGGAGACCCAAAGGAGAAGAAGCAGCUUUUCCUUCCCUGUGCUCGUCUAGGCCCAAAGUGAUUAAAUGGAAGUCUAUGACUAUCUCUGUAUGAGAGAAGAAAUCCGAGUUUUGGGGACUCUCCAAAUCAACAUCGGCAUAUUUCACCUUCUCUUGGGCAGCCUGUGGUCCUUUAUCAAAAUGAUGCAAUUUCCCGAGUCUCCUAUGAAUUACAAAACUUUUAUUUUUAAUUUAAAAUAUCCAUUAAUUGCAGCACCUAUUAACAUCAUUUCGGGAAUCUUUGCCAUAGUUACGGAAAGGAAGCGCCGGCUUUCCCUGGCAAAGAUCACGGUGGGGAUUAACGUCAUCGGCAUCGUUUUUUCCCUCUACGGGCUGAUAACAUUAAUUAUUGAGUUUCUUAGUUAUCAGUCUGAGGUUCUGCGGUACAGUUGGUCUGAAAGCUCUAUUAAAUUACUUUCCAAUUAUCUGUUCUUCUACACCAUCGUGUAUGUGGUCAUCUCAUGGAUCAUCCUCAGAUGGAACCACAGAGCCAUGUAUCGCCCGUCUUUUUGAACAAAUGUCUCCUUUCUCUCUGCAAACCCAGCUCCCAGGUGUCCAGGUUGGAGCCAAAUCCAGAAAGGACAACAAGGAUGUCACUGAAGACUCGGCUGGGGCGAAGGAAGGCGUCCUUCUGGGACGGUGUGCAUGGCCUCCCAAUCCCGGGCUACUUUGCGCUUCCCACUGAGCGGACAAAAUAGCAAGCACCCUUGCUCAAGGCUCGUGGACAAGGGUCGUCAGGUGACUCACAGCUCAUUGUGAAUAUCCAGCCCCCAUUUAAAAGCAAAGAAAACCAUUGAGAAUCCCCAAUAAAGAAUGACUGGAAAGCUGAGAAUGGGCAAGCGUUUGAAAACGUGCACAGUGUUUUCUAAUUUUUUUCCCCUGUUUCUUAAAUAAAAGUGAA